UUUACAAGCUGGGGGGGGGAGAAAAAAAAAAAAAAAAAAAAAAGCAAAACGGACCCGCAGCAGAGCUCCUGUUUUCAAGCUGAUUACUCUGUCAGGAAUCAUUUAUAGACACUCAUUUUUCACACGGAGGAUCUAUGAAGACGCAGGCAGGUUUUUCAUCCUCAACACCAGGGAACAGGGAGUGAUUCACCCCGCUGCCUGCAGCCCUCAUGCCGGGCAUUAGCUCCACCGCGCCUCGUUAUGAAAACUGGGACAUGGAUCACAUCGACCACUACCAACAUUAUUUCUACGACGACUACGACCCGGACGAGGAUUUCUUCAAGUCCACAGCACCCAGCGAGGACAUAUGGAAGAAAUUCGAGCUGGUACCGACCCCGCCCAUGUCUCCUAUCCGGGCGGUGGAAGGGUCGGGCAGGAUCGGACUGCUGUGCCCGUCUCUCGGGGACAAACUGGAGUGGGUGUCCCAGUUCUUGGGGCAGGAGGAUGAGCAGCAGCAGCAGCAACAGCAGCAGCAACAGCAGCAGGAUCUGCCCUAUAAACUGACCACAGCUAAUGACUCCUUCGGGAACCUGAGCUCCAUCAUCAUCCAGGACUGCAUGUGGAGCGGAUUCUCCGCGGGGCAGCAGCUGGAGAGGGUGGUAGGGGAGCGAUGCGCCCCUUGUCCCGGGACAGGGGCCGCUACUAAAGUGGCAGCCGGCUCCGCUGUUACAUCCCCAGGAAGGACGCAGUGCGCUCCCGCCGAGGCGCCUGCUCUCAGCGGUCUGGCGGCGGACUGUGUGGACCCAGCUGCGGUGCUCACUUUCCCGCUAACCGGUGGCUGCAAGAAGCAAGUGUCCUCUGGUUCAGAGUCCCACAGCGACUCAUCAGAUGACAAAGAGGACAAAGACGACGAUGAAGAGGAGAUUGAUGUGGUGACGGUGGAGCACAAGCAGCAACGCAAACCUCGUCGACUGGUCAACACCCGUAAACCUGUGACCAUAACCGUGCGAGCCGACCCCCUCGACCCCGGCAUGAAGCGGUUCCACAUCUCCAUCCACCAACAGCAGCACAACUACGCUGCACCAUCCCCGGACACUCUCCCCCAGCCAGCGGAGCCGCCCCGGAAGAGGGUCCGGCAGGAGGCCUCCGCUCACACGGCCCAUCCGCACCAGAACUCUCAUUACCACCAGCCCCGGCACGGCCACGCCCCCCUGAACUUGGACAGUAGAAAAUCUCAUGUGACAGUGGCUGGAGUCAGGUCGGAGUCACCUAACCUCAGCGCCUCCUCUCCUACCUCCUCCACGUCGCCUUCGUCUCCCCCCUCCUCCUCCUCCUCCUCCUCGUCCUCGUCCUCGUCCUCCCAUUCCCAAAGCUCUCCCUCAAAGUCCCACUCCUUCGCCCACCUCUCCAGCCCCCAGUCCUCCGACUGUGAGGACACAGACAAACGCAAGGCCCACAACUUCCUCGAACGCAAGCGACGGAACGACCUGCGCUCACGUUUCCUGUCGCUGCGGGAUGAGAUCCCGGGCUUGGCGGACUGUCCUAAGACGCCGAAGGUGGCGAUCCUGACGCGAGCCACGGAGUACCUGCAGCAGCUGCACGCCGGCGAGCGGCAGAAAGCUCAAGAGAGGAAGCAGCUGAAAGCCAGGCAGCUGCAGCUGCUGCAGAGGCUGGCGCAGCUUAAACGAUCCUGAGCAACCGGAUCGGCUCUCACCACACACGUACACUCAACACUUUCAGAUUGAAUGGGACUACAUGAAGGAGAAAAGACACUGACGUUCACUUUGAGUCGAUCACGUUGGAAUAGUGCGGGUGGAUUUAUUAUUAUUUUUUCUGUUUUUCUGUUUUUGUGGUUUGCACAUUAGCUUCUGAGUGAUUGACGAGGCCGUAAGCCGGUCAGGACAGCAAGCUAGGGACUGAUGUUAGUGUGGCAUCUUACGGGCAGAUUAAUAUGUCCAUGGUUACUCAUUAUAGGUUCUGUCAAACUGUAUUCCCCCUCGCUAAAACAUGUUCAAAGCUGUUGCUUGCUACUUGAAGGCCUGCUGUGAAUGAGCAGUUUCCAAUUGAUAAAGUGCUGUUUUAACUGCUGCAUGGUCUGGUCAAACGUCUCUUUGAUUGUGAUAGGGCAUGGUGUAAUGUCUCCUUCUAUCAGUCUGAAGGGCUCCCUGAAGUUUUUCUAGGUUCCCUUUUUUGAAUUACAACUUCUUCAUGCUUCCCUGCUCCUUACCACUUGGCAUACAACUUGUAUGUUUUGUCAAGUUUAGCCUUUUUUUCUGCUCAGUGUUCCUUUCUCCCAUGUUAAUCUCCCCUAUUAAUUCUUAUUCCUCUUUUCACACUAUUUCACACUAUCAGCAGUUGAGGUUUCUAGCUUUCUGCCUGCUGCAGGAAGCUGUUGUCGGGCUGCACUGAGCCACAGAAUAAUGUUACAACUGGAAGGAUACAAUAUGUUCUGCACCUCUCGAGUAGCUCAGGUUCAGUCCAGUUCAGUCGUCUCUUAUAGAUUUCUUUAAUAACUUUGGUGCUUUCUUUCUUGCAUGAGGGAAGUUUAGACAGAAGCACCAUGCCCACAGUAACAGCCUGUUUUAUGUAGCAUUAUUUGGGGGGAAAAAAAGAGGCAAUAGCUUGAGUAUAUCCUGUUUAUUUUCAAGCAACAUCUGAAAAAAAAAAACACUAAAAUCUUCACUAAGAUUGAACUAUAUCUUUAUCGUUGUGCCAUGGAGACCAGCCAAAAGGUGAAUGUCGGCUUCAAUUUAUCAACCAAAAGCAACUCUUAGAGAAUGGCUUAAAUUAAUCUGUAUGUUUGAGCAACAAUGCCAACUUUUGGAAAUGAAGCCCACUGAGUUCCAAUCGCAUAUUUGUUUCAUCUUGCUGUCUGAUUAUAUUUGUAAUUUUUUUUUAUUUUUUUUGUGUGUGUUUUUUGUUUUUUUUUUCUCAUCUGGUGUAAUGCCUAUAGAAGCCUUUCAAUGUAUGUAGGCUAUCCUAUUGGAUGUUAUGUAUAUAAUACCCUCUCUGUACAGUUCCUUCCAAACCAAAACCAGAGCUGUCUACUAUACUCAUCCUAGUUUCUCUUCGACCCUGCGUCCUAAACCGGGGCCAAGCUUGCUGGCUUUUCAAAGAUAACUCAAAAGCUUAUAUUUUUGUUAAUAAAAUGAUUAUGAAAAAAAAAAGAGAAAAUAAAACACUUACUGAACAUCGAUCACACUAGCCACUUUGUCACACUUUUUGCGAUGCCUACAUGUUUUCUUUACUGUUCUUUACUGAGUUUUUUUUUUUUUUCUGUCUCUGGGGUUUCUUCAUUUGUACAAGUCAGAGUUGACAAAAGUUUUAUACUAUAUUUUCCUACCGAGUUCUG